AUGACUUUUGUGGAGAUUACCGAUCUCAUUGCAGAGGUUCAGUCCUCAUUAGAAGCAUUUCAAUCUAAUGGACAGGAGGAGUUACGUCUCCAAGCGCACGAAAAAGUGUUGCGACUCGCAAGGGCAUUGGAAAAGCCUCGAGAUGCCAUUUUGAAGCUUGGAUUUUCGCCCACAGUGCUCAUGGCCGUCAAGGUCGCCCAUGACAUGAAUAUCUUCCCGGUGCUUGCGAAUGCCACGACUCCGGUGUCGGUAGAAGAGUUGGCUGCCUCUAAACCGGCGGAUCCGUUACUAGUUGAACGGAUGAUGCGUCUUCUCGUGUCCCAUGGCUUUGCUGAAGAGCCGGAACCCUGCAAGUACUUACCAACCCCGCUAUCCAAGGAGAUGACCCAACGAACCUCCAUCGGGGUCAUAGAAUCACUAUUCCUUGAAUUCCUCCCCUCAAUCCAAAAAACACCGGAAUAUCUCCAAGCAACCGGAUACAAGAACCCGGAAGACCCGCUCUAUGCACCGCUACAAUACACAAACAACAUAAAAGAAGAUGGAUUCAGUUGGCUAUGCAAGGACCCCGCCGCUCUAUCCCGAUUUAAUAGUUUCAUGGAAGGGCAACGCGCGAACCGUGCUUUCUGGGGUGACUGGUUCCCGGUUCGGGAGCAGAUCCUCAAUGAUCCCGGUGUGAAUACCAAGCGGCCUCUCCUUGUGGAUAUCGGGGGUGGUCGUGGCCAUGAUCUGAUUGCGUUUAAGGAGCGGUUCCCUGAUGCACAGGGGAAGUUGAUUCUUGAAGAUUUACCCUCUGUGAUAGAUGAGGUCAAAGGGGCAAGUGAUUUGGAAAGUGCGGGGAUUGAGACGGUUGGAUACGAUUUCUUUCAGGAUGUACAACCGGUCAAAGGGGCACGUGUGUAUUAUUUCAAAUAUGUCUUGCAUGAUUGGUCAGAUGAGAAAGCGUACAUUAUCUUCGACCAUCUAAAGCAGGCGAUGGAACGUGGAUACUCCAAGGUCCUGAUUGAGGAGUACAUUCUCCCGGAUAGCAACGCACGCGCUGUAAACGGCAUGACCGACAUGGCAGUCAUGGUUUUCUGUUCGGGGCUGGAACGCACUCGCCAACGAUGGCUGAAUCUGCUACAAUCCGCUGGGCUGCGGGUGAAUAAAUUCUGGACCCGUGGGGGAGAUGCGCUGGGAAUUAUUGAGGCCGAGCUUCCUUAG